UCCCAAACUAAAAACAGUCUCUCUCUCUCUCUCUUGACCAGAGGCACAGCCACCAGCCAUUAAACAUCUUCUCUCCUCUCUCUCUCUCUCUCUCUCUCUCAACACAGAGAAGCGAAGAUGAUGCACAUGACCUUCUAUUGGGGCCGAAAGGUAACCAUUCUGUUCGAUUCAUGGACGACUGAUUCAUGGCUCAGUUAUUCCCUCUCUCUCUUCGCCUGCAUCCUCUGCUCCGUCUUCUACCAGUACAUGGAAGAUCGCCGACUCCGUCUCAGGCUUCUCUCCUCUCUCAACGCCAAGAACCUCUCCACAACCCCACAAGCUGCGACGAUCGACACCCCUCUCCUCUACCCUAAGCUCGUCGCCGUCGCCGGAUGGUCCAAAUUUGCCGGCGCCGUAUUAUUUGGGAUCAACUCGGCGAUCGGGUACCUCUUGAUGCUUUCGAUCAUGUCAUUUAACGCCGGAGUCUUCAUAGCUGUCGUCGCCGGGCUCGCCGUCGGGUAUUUGUUGUUCAGGAGCAGCGAUGACCAAGAUCUGGUCGUCGUUGACAAUCCUUGCGCUUGUGCUUAAACCUGGUCGAUCAUCUUCUACAAAUCUGUCUGUAAUAGAGAUUGAUUACUACUUUGUUGUGCUUGUUAAUGGUUUUUCUCCAGAUGAAGUUUCAUUUCUAUCUGGAUUUCUUUAUGUGUAUAGUUCUCUCUGCUGAACAAAAUUGUGUGAUUUGAAUCUAUAUCUAUUUCUAUUUUUGUUUUUAUUUUUAUUUUCUUUUCGUGGGCUUAUUGUCUGCAAAAUGGUUGGUUACAAGUCAAGGACUGAAAAUCUGAGCAAGCGAACAAUGGGUGACGUUUUGGAAGUCAAAAAGAACAAAGACAAGAUCUGCCCAUGAGUAAAUCAGUUCUUGGGGAAGUGACCAGGAAAGGAAGCAUAAACAGCACACAGCAUAUACCAGAAAAGGCCGGGAAGCCUUGAGUGGAAAAAUUCCCAAUUGGGGAUGUCUUGUUUGUUUGUACAUGUAAGAAACAACUUUCAAUUCAUAUACCA